GCUCUUCUGUUCAUCAGAUUAGAGUUCAACACCACCAAAGCUGCUCCUGCAGAGAAUACCAUUCUGGAAAUGGCAAACAAGUUAUUUUUGAGCCGUUUUACUGCAGCCAAAGCCUACCAAGCGUCAGUCAACAAUGUGUCCUAUGAAAGAAUCAGUGAUUUUGCUUUCGCCAUCAUUUUGAGCUUCAAUAUGACAAAUAUACCAGUUACAGAAAGCUUUCAAUUCACAAAUGAAACAUACACCGAAAUUGACAAUGCUGUCAAUGACUUGCUGAGCCGGAUCCUAGGAAUACCAAACUCCAACCUGUUCAAAUUCCCUCCUACUACUUUCACCAACGUGAGCAAUGUCAUCCAUGCAAGUGUGGUGUACAGGUUCAAAGACGGCGACAUCCAAGUCCCCAGUGACUUCCUGAAUGGAAUUCUGAACACCUACAAUCCGACAUCCCCAGCUCCCACUUCGGUGACCCCCACUGCCCCUCCCCUUACAAGAAUGGGGAGGGCUCUUCUGUUCAUCAGACUGGAGUUCAACACCACCAAGCCAGCUCCUGCAGAGGACGCGAUCCUGAAACUAGCAAACGAAUUAUUUUUGCAGCGUUUCAAGGCACAGAGAGCCUACCAAGUGGCAGUCAGCAACGUCUCUUACGAGAGAAUCAGUGAUUAUGCUUUCGCCAUCAUUCUGAGCUUCAAUAUGACAAAUAUACCAGUUACAGAAAGCUUUCAAUUCACAAAUGAAACAUACACCGAAAUUGACAAUUCUGUCAAUAACUUGCUGAGCAAGAUCCUAGGAACACCAAACUCCAGCCUGUUCACAUUCCCUCCAGUUACUUUCAACAACGUGAGCAAUGUCAUCCAUGCCAGUGUGGUGUACAGGUUCGAAGACGGCGAUAUUCAAGUACCCAGUGACUUCCUGACUGCAGUUCUCAACUGUGUGCUUUGUCAGUGUUGA